AGGAAGUAGGGACCCUAGUUAGGGAACAAGUGCGCGGAUUAAAACACAGCCCUCAGUGAUCCAGUAAAGAGGAAACAUCAAGAGCUUCGAGGGUGAUGAUGGUGUCUGACUUUUACUGGUGACUCAGCACUGAACACCUGAACACAAUGGAGGACUCGUCCAAAGAAGAAUACAAGAUCCAUUCCUUCGAUCCAGAGACACAGAAACUGCUUAUCACAGCUCUUAAAGAACCAGGUUUGGUGGAUCUGGAGACGGUGUGUAACAUCAUCGUGGACCAGUCUCUGAGGGAUCAGAUGUUCAGCAAAGAAGCGGGACGCAUGUGCUUCACUAUCGUCCAGGCGGAGGCCAAGCAGAACAACAGCAGCGUGUUUCGCCAUCAUCUCUUGGACCGACUGCAGCAGGAGUUCAAGAGUCGCGAGGAGACGAGGAAGAGGUCCGUACAGGAGUGGGUGUGUUACGUCUCCUUCAUCUGUAACAUCUUCGACUACCUCAAGGUAAAUAACAUGCCCAUGAUGGUUCUGGUUCACCCGGUGUACGACUGUCUGAUGCGACUCGCCCAAUCAGAUGCACUCAAAAACGAAGAGGAGGUGGACUGCCUGGUGCUGCAGCUGCAUCGUAUCGGAGAUCAGCUGGAGAAGGUGAACGGCGAGCGCAUGGACGAGCUCUUCUCCAUGCUGCGUGACGGCUUCCUGCUGCAGCACGACCUCAGCUCGCUCGCUCGCCUCCUCCUGCUCGAAAUCCUCGAGUUCCGUGCUGGAGGCUGGAGACUCAGUGACACGGCUCAGAGGUACUACUACAGCGAACUGCAAGACUGAGCCACUGACCGACUCAUGGACUGACGCCUCGGCCAAUCAGCAGCUGGAAGACGAUCGGACACUCUUUGUUCCUACAGGACACUUAGAAACGUGUGUUAAGUCUGGACUUGUUUAUAAGCAAUCGAGUGCCUUCUAUGAGUUUGUGUGUGUUUAUCAGCAGACGAACAGAAGAGUGAAGGAGUGUGACAGAGUGACAGUCUGCAGGGUUCAGCAGAGUGACGAAUGACAUGAGGAUGAAGAAUCAGUGUGUCCUGUUCUCUAGAGAUCUAAAGAUAGAUUGAUGAAAAUGUCACCGUUAUGUCAGUGUAGUGUAAAGGACCUGUAGUGUGUCUGUGAUCCGUACUCCAGUUCUGGUCUGUCUACCACUUGCAACUUAAUUAAGACUUUGGACUUAAUUAUGAGGUAAAAGCCUCAGAUUUUGGACAGAUGACGAACCUCGACUCGGACUCGAACUUUUGAGUAAGUCUUUGGACAGAACGUAAUCACCAUCGUUGCCUUGCCUCGUUAUUGAGCAGUAAUAAGACCAAAGCAGAGAUGAUAUCCUGAUUAAACCGCUUUACUCCGGGGAGGUGAGAAGGAUCUCCAGCACGGUGCUAACAUCACGUUCCUUUAAUUAAAACGGACUGGAUGAAGGUAGAUACUAUUGGGGGAGGGGCUUAAUCUAUACUUCAUCUAAAUAAUAAUUACACACCAGUUCGAUCUGUUUACACAAAACACAGGGUUUGUACAUUUUAGUGUGAAAAAGUCUUCCAUGCUGAUAAAGUUUGUCCUGAGCACCGUCACACCGUCAGGUUAACCUCAGUCUCUGUUUCACUACGACACGGUGAGAUCACCAGCUGAUUGUUGUGGUGUGAAUCUUUGGCACAACUUAUGAAUUGACACAACCCUAAACUUCCUGAUGUGCAUAAAACAAACACCUGGAGCUCUUUAUACCCUCAUGUGGGUCUCAGUUCAUGUCUUUAUGAUGUUUAUAGACUGUAUUCUGCACCAUGAACAACUGAGGACAUCACCCUCAGCUUUACAGAACCAGACCUGGAGGAUUUCUUUAAAGAGUUUUCACUGUUGACAUUUCUGAAAAUAAAUCCAAAGUCAUCGCA